AUGUCAGAGAGUGGAAAUUUUGUGGCUGCGAACUCCGAGAGUAUCAUUUCGUCAUCCUUAACCAAGCAUGGGAUACGUUGCGACUCUAACCUUACGGCGAAUCCUGUGAGGGUGUGGACGCGUAAAAACCCCGGGCGGAGAUUCCUUAGUUGCAGAGGUCGGCGAGUUGGUCGGGACUAUGUUAAGUGCGAUUUCUUUCAGUGGUUUGAUCUGGAACCACCACAUGGAUGGCAACACCUUUCUUUACUUGAAGCGAGGGAUAUAAUUAAUGAGCAAAAAGAGGAGAUCUCCAAGCUGAGGAACCAAGUAAGUAAACAGCCACACCAGAACUCGCAUGUCCAAAUUUCGAAUGAUCUUGUUGAACAGCUGAAUGACAAAAGUGAAGAAUGUGAAGCUUUGAAGAGAGCAGUGUUGGUACUUACUGAGAGGAGUUCGGUGCUUUGUAAUGUGUUGGUGGCAUCGUCGGUUAGAUUUUUUGUUGUUUUGGGAGGGAUCAUUGGUUUUAACUUCAAGGUUUAG